UCUCGGCGGCCCCUUCCCCCCCCCCCCCAUGGCCUUCGGCUGAGAGCCGCCUCCUCCCGCGCCCGCGCCCGCGCCCUCCCCCCAGGAUGCGGCCAGCGCGCGUCGAGGGCGGCGGAGGCGGAGAGCCCCGCGCGGCGGCUGCACCCCGAGACCCGGCCGGCGAGCGCGGAGCCCAGAGACGGCGGCGGCGGCGGCGCGGCGGCUCUUUCUUCCCCUCCUCCUCCUCCCCUUCUUCAUCUUCCUCUUCCUCCUGCUAAGGCCGGUGCCUCUCUCAGACCCCCUCGCUGGCAGUUGUGGUGCUCCAGACCCACCAUGGAACGCAACAGAUGUCCUAUUUCAGCCAGAACAUUUUUGGGGUUCUCCUGCUAGGACGGCUGGGUUUCCUCAACUUCUGGGCUCGGGCUGCAACCUCUCCGGCCUACUUCUUCUUCCUCCUCCUCCUCUUCUGGUGCUGCUUCUGUUCCGGUCGGCCACUUCUGACUCUUUCUCUCCCCGCUUGUGAAGGACCUGGCACCUUCUCCGGCCACCAUGUUCCUCUCGUCUCCGAGCUUCGUCCGCCGGAUGUUGAACGUCCGGCCGGGUUCCGCUCUCCUCUUCUGGCUCCUGGGGCUGGCCCUGCGCCCGUCACCCCUCUCGGGGCAGAAGCCCGAAGACAAAUACCCCGUGGUGCCCACCAACUACGGCAAGCUACGUGGCAUCAAGAAAGGCCUCAACAACGAGAUCCUCGGCCCUGUAGUGCAGUACUUGGGCAUCCCUUACGCCACGCCGCCCGUCGGCGAACGCCGUUUCCAGCCGCCCGAGGCGCCGGCUUCCUGGUCCGAGGUGCGCAAUGCCACAGCUUUCGCCCCGGUGUGCCCGCAGAAUAUCCACGGCAUGCUGCCCGCCAUCAUGUUGCCCGUUUGGUUCACCGAUAAUUUGGAGAUCGUAGCCGGCUACGUCCAGAAUCAAAGCGAAGACUGCCUGUACCUCAACGUCUACGUCCCCAUGGAGGAUGGUCCGCUCACGAAAAAGCGUGAGGAAGCGUCAGCUAACAAUCCCACUCCAGACGAAGAUAUCCGAGACAGUGGGAAAAAACCCGUCAUGCUCUUCAUCCAUGGUGGAUCGUACAUGGAAGGCACCGGAAACAUGUUUGAUGGCAGUGUGCUAGCUGCGUAUGGAAAUGUGAUUGUUGUCACCCUGAACUACCGUCUCGGCGUGCUGGGGUUCAUGAGCACCGGGGACCAGUCGGCCAAGGGAAACUACGGUCUCCUCGACCAGAUCCAGGCCUUGAGGUGGCUGAACGAAAAUAUCGGACAUUUUGGGGGCGAUCCGGAACGCAUCACCAUCUUCGGAUCCGGAGCUGGAGCUUCCUGCGUCAAUCUGCUCAUCCUGUCUCAUCACUCGGAAGGUUUGUUCCAGAAAGCCAUCGCUCAGAGUGGCACCGCCAUCUCCAGCUGGUCCGUCAACUAUCAGCCGCUCAAGUACACCCGGAUGUUGGCCUCCAAAGUCGGCUGCGACCACAUGGACACCAGCAGUACGGUGGAAUGUCUACGGCGGAAGCCUUACCGAGAGCUGGUGGACCAAGACAUCCAGCCCGCCCGCUACCACAUCGCUUUCGGCCCCGUGGUGGACGGCGACGUCGUCCCCGACGAUCCGGAGAUCCUGAUGCAGCAAGGCGAAUUCCUCAACUACGACAUCCUCAUCGGGGUCAACCAAGGAGAAGGCCUGAAGUUCGUGGAGGACUCCAUGGAGAACGAAGACGGCAUCUCGGCCAGCUACUUCGACUUCACCAUCUCCAACUUUGUGGACAACCUGUACGGGUACCCGGAAGGCAAGGACAUCUUACGGGAGACCAUCAAGUUCAUGUACACCGACUGGGCCGACCGAGACAACGGAGAGAUGCGCCGGAAAACCCUUCUGGCGCUCUUCACGGACCACCAGUGGGUCGCGCCCGCCGUGGCCACGGCGAAGCUCCACGCCGAGUACCAAUCGCCCGUCUACUUCUACACUUUCUACCAUCACUGCCAGACGGAUACGCGGCCUGAGUGGGCGGACGCGGCCCACGGGGACGAGAUCCCCUACGUUUUCGGCGUGCCCAUGAUUGGGGCCACGGACCUCUUUCCUUGCAACUUUUCCAAGAAUGAUGUCAUGUUGAGCGCCGUGGUCAUGACCUACUGGACCAAUUUUGCGAAGACAGGCGACCCCAAUCAGCCCGUGCCGCAGGACACCAAGUUCAUCCACACCAAGCCGAACCGCUUCGAGGAGGUGGUGUGGACCAAAUUCAACACCAAGGACAAGCAGUACCUGCACAUCGGCCUGAAACCCCGCGUACGGGACAACUACCGAGCCAACAAGGUGGCCUUCUGGCUGGAACUGGUGCCCCACCUCCACAACCUCCACGAGCCCCCCUACACCUCCACCACCACCCGGGUGCCCCCUUACGUCACCCGCUGGCCCAGCACCCGGGUGGGUCCAAGCACAACACGCCAGCCCAUCGCCACCCUCCCUCCGGACGAAGACGACGUGGCACGUCCGCCGCGGUACGUGCCGUUCCCGGGAGACACGCGGGACUAUUCCACCGAACUCAGCGUGACGGUGGCGGUGGGCGCCUCCCUGCUCUUCCUGAACAUCCUGGCCUUCGCCGCCCUCUACUACAAGCGGGACAAGCGCCACGAGCUGCGGAGCGGACGGCGGCUGAGUCCUCAACGCAGCGCGGCCAACGAUUUGGUGCACGGCGGCCAGGAGGAAGAGAUCAUGUCGCUGCAGAUCAAACAUUUGGAGCAUGACGCGCACGAUCUGGAGCCCUUACGACCGCAUGAAAUCCUACGCCCCGCCUGCCCUCCCGACUACACCCUGGCCCUUCGCCGGGCGCCCGACGAUGUGCCCCUGAUGACCCCGAACACCAUUACCAUGAUUCCCAGCACCAUCACGGGUAUGCAAGCCUUACACCCUUUCAACACGUUCCCCACCGGACACAACAACACCCUCCCUCACCCUCACUCCACCACCCGUGUAUAGUCGUCCUCGGUGCCCAAAGACCCCCGGUGGGAGGGGGGGUCUCUUGCCAACCUCCUGCCCCCCCAGGGGGAGGCCCUCUUCCUGCCCUGCGGCCCGUACAAGGCCUUUUAUAUCACACUGUGGGGGAACGGCAACAAGACGGGGAGCCCGGUGGGGUCGGCAGCCCCUUCGCCCAGUUCCGGUGGCACCUUGGUGCAUCCGCCAUCCUGCAGGACGUGGAGUGGCAGGGAAGCCCACCCUGCGUGGGCAGCCGCCGUACUUCCAAGGAGUCAAGGCGUGGAGUUAGGGGGGGAGAACGGCGUCCUUCCGCCCGAGCGUAGAGAAAUGUCAGAAAAGCGGUGAUGGGUUUGAAGGGUGUUUGGGCGCUCAGGUCGUUGGGGAGUCCAAGAGAGAGGGGGGGGGUUUGAAGAGGCCUCCCCCUUCGUAAGCAGGGAGGUGCCACAAUUUCCUUGGGCAGCCUGGAGAAGAAUCUAGGCAAAGGAAGCUGUUUUGGGCGCUGGAUAAGCCAGCUUUAAACGUGGUUAUCGAAGUGUAGAGGAAGGAAGGAAGGAAGGAAGGAAGGAAGGAAGGAAGGAUCUGCCCACAUUUCUAUCACCAUCCUCACAAUCUCUUCAAUCCACACAUCCGGCAUCUGGUUGCUCUCCUCCAUCCUACUAGGCGGUUCAGCCAACGUUUCUGCAGAGUUUUGAGCAGUGGCUCCCAAUUUUCCCGCCUUUGCCAACCGGCGGUGGGGUGGCGGUGGGCAGUUCCACGCACGUGGAGCUGUGCCUGCGAGGCCCAGGCGCCUGCCGCCCGCGUGGUCCAGUUCCAAACAGGGCGUGGCCCAGGACCGGGCUGCAAUCCAGGGGUUGGGGAGAGGCCACCCCCUUCGCGACGAGGUUUAGAGGCCCCUGGAGCAGCCAGGAAAGGUCCUUGGUCAUCCGUGUUCUCAACAUUUUUGGUGCGUCGUUCUCCACGCCGGUCCUGGGUCGGGAGCAUCCGGGUUAGAACAGAGCCUCAGCCCUCCAUCUGAGGGGGGCGGCAGGCAAGGGCACCAGGGCCAAGCAGGAGAGCAGAGUGGAUCUGGCUCCGUCCGUCUUUUUCUCAGAAAAAAGCCCCUCCCCUGCCUUCCCCAGUAGGACCAAGAAGAGAACGUCGCCCCCACCCACCCACCCACCCAGGACUCCUUGGGGGGCAGCUGGACCCCCACUCCCCGUCUGUGCAGGAAGAAGUAGGGGUGACUUACUCUGGGGAGCUCCAGGAUGAAAUGGGGAGGGGUUUGAGUGCUGGGUGUCUCCUUGUAUUAUCUUCUUCCCUCCCUCC